UCGACUCGGCGAGCAUCUUCCUCGCACAGCACAGACGAGAGAAAUUCUCAGCUCGUACAGAGAGAGACAUUUCGCUCCAAUGGCUCAGAUUCCGAACCUAGACAAUGCUCCUCUCAAUUUCACAUCCCUCAGGGAACAGUCUCAGAAGGAGCUCAUAAACAUCCUCAAGAAUAAUCGAGGGAAAAAGUGCUUGAUAAUCGAUCCAAAGCUCGGCGGCUCUCUCUCAUUGAUCAUCCAGACAUCACUUCUAAAGGAACAUGGGGUCGAAUUGCGGCAUCUUUCAGCUGAACCAAUUCAGACUGACUGCACCAAAGUGGUUUACCUUCUCCGUUCUCAGCUUGAUUUGAUGAAAUUUAUAUGUUCAAAUGUUCAUAACGAUAUAUCAAAAGGACUUCAAAGGGAAUAUUAUGUUUAUUUUGUCCCUCGCCGCGCAGUUGCAUGUGAGAAGGUCCUUGAAGAGGAAAACAUUCAUCACUUGAUAACUAUAGGGGAGUACCCGUUGUAUGUUGUUCCAUUGGAAGAGGAUGUAUUAUCCUUUGAACUCGAUCUUGCUUAUAAAGAAAGCCAAGUUGAUGGUGAUACUACCUCACUUUGGCAUAUCGCAAAAUCCAUUCACAAGCUUGAGUUCUCUUUUGGGGUGGUGCCGAAUGUGAGGGCGAAAGGCAAAGCAUCAGUUCGUGUUGCAGAUAUCCUAAACCGCAUGCAAGUAGAGGAACCGGUUAACUCUUCUGAUAUGGUUGUGCCAGAGAUAAAUACACUCAUCCUUUUAGAUAGGGAGGUGGAUAUGGUUACUCCUAUGUGCUCUCAAUUAACAUAUGAAGGGCUGCUUGAUGAGUUUCUGCGUAUCAAUAAUGGUUCUGUGGAGCUUGAUUCAUCUAUCAUGGGUGUCCAACAAGAGGGGAAAAAGAUAAAAGUUCCACUUAAUUCAAGUGACAAGCUGUUUAAGGAGAUAAGGGAUCUCAACUUCGAAGUUGUUGUCCAGAUUCUACGUCAGAAAGCAACAUCCAUGAAACAGGACUAUACAGAGAUGACAACAACUACACAGACAGUUUCUGAACUAAAGGACUUUGUCAGAAAGCUGAAUUCCUUGCCAGAAAUGACUAGGCACAUAAAUCUUGCUCAGCAUCUGUCGACGUGCACAUCAAAGCCAACAUUUCUUGGGCAACUUGACAUGGAACACACUAUUGUUGAGGGACAGAGUUAUGACAUAUGCUUUGAAUACAUUGAAGAAAUGAUCCAUAAGCAGGAGCCUCUUGUCAACGUCCUACGUCUUCUCAUCUUAUUUUCUAUUACAAAUUCUGGGUUGCCUAAAAAGCAUUUUGACCAUUUGAGGAGAGAACUACUCCACAGCUACGGAUUUGAGCACAUGGCCACACUGAAUAAUUUAGAAAAAGCUGGAUUGUUUAAAAAGCAGGAUUCAAAAAGCAACUGGCUUACAAUCAAACGAGCUCUGCAACUUGUGGUUGAUGACACUGACACAGCCAACCCCAAUGAUAUUGCCUAUGUAUUUUCUGGAUAUGCACCUCUUAGUAUUCGGCUCAUUCAGCAUGCUGUUCGAUCUGGAUGGCGUCCUAUAGAAGAAAUUUUGAAGCUGCUACCCGGACCACAUUCAGAAACAAAAAGAGGCAGAUUCUCAAGCAGCCAAUCAUUUGACACCUUGCAGGGAGCUUCAGCCAAUACGGACAAAGUUACUGAUGGAAGGCGCUCCAUAGUUCUUGUUGUCUUCAUUGGAGGGGUAACAUUUGCGGAGAUUGCUGCUCUUCGAUUUCUCAGUGCUCAGGAAGGGAUGGCAUACGAUCUGAUUGUUGGGACAACCAAAAUUGUUAGUGGCCACACCUUAGCUGAAACAUUCAUUGAGAAGUUGGGCUGAGGUGUAAGAUUUUUUUUCAUCUGUCCGUUUGCUUGUUUGUUUGUUUGUUUUUUUAAUUUUAUUUUUGUAAAGUCUAUUGGCAAUGAAAGUGAUGAUGUAUUUGUUAGCUUAUUGAGAGAGUAUCAUUUGCCGUUGCUCCGUUUUCCUGUAAUGACUUUGCGAGGGAUCAAAUGGCAGUCGGUCCUCCUUUGACUAUAAAAUGAAAAAGAAAAAGAAAGUGGCAGUCCACUCUCCUUUGGUAC